AUGUUUUUCCACUUGUUUACAGGUCUUUCCUUGGUAGCGCUUGGCAUAUCUCAAAGCUCGACUGUGAUCCCUGACUCUUCUACCCAAAUAUUUCCGUCGGAUGCAGUCAUUCUUUCGACCAAGCCGCUCGUGCCAGGGGGUAACGUUUGGUCAGCGCUAGUUAGUUCGUGCGUCGAAUCUUCGGGAAAAUCUGGAAUAGACUGCGUAUCCGAUGCCCUAUCUGACCUUUUGGAGAUCGCGGCGUCCAAAGACGGCCGUGAGAACGGUGCCACAGACUCUAAGAACGGAACUUUGGUCGAGAAGCGUAGCCUCACUGGCGCAAAGGGAUCUGGUCUCACGCUAAGAAGCACUUCGGAAGGAUCCCAAACUAUGCAGGGCUCGGCAACCUCAAUCUACAGUUCGAGGUCGACCGUGUUCGAACAUAUCUCGAAUGGUACUCACGGAACUGUGCGAGCGGUAACCAGUCUUGACAGCAGCAAUGAGGCCUUUGGAGAGGAACGUCGUUAUAGAAGGAACACCUUCUCGUAUGGAGAAAAAGUCCAGGGAUUGAAGCUAUCAUACAGUACAGACUGUGGAUUCGUCGGCUUCAACGAUCAGUCCUUGAAGACACUGCGUAAUCUUGUUGGCACUUUCGUGUACUCAGCAUCAACCAACAUGCAUUCGGACAAGUAUGCACUAGAGAUACUUAACAUAGGUAACAACGUCAACAACCAUAUGCUAGCUACGGUGGUCGCCGAAGCAGAUGUCUACGGAAAUGAUUAUUAA